AUGAGAGCUGCGGCUGUGGGGCCCGGAGCGGCGUGUGUCCGGCCGCUGCUCCCGCUGCUGCUGCUGCUGCUGGCUCUGACCUCCAGAACACUGUGGGCUUCACCGCUGGACCCUGAGGUUUUUCUGGAAAAGUAUGGCUACCUCCACGAAGACGAGCACAUCCAUAAUGCCGUGGAGAUGCAGACGGCUCUUCGGGAGUUCCAGUGGCUGUCUCGCCUUCCCGUCACUGGCAGACUUGACAGCGCCACCUUGAGGCGGAUGGCCGAGCCUCGCUGUGGGGUUUCGGAUGAGGGCAGUCACCAGGUCUGGGCAGAGAGAAUCGACGCCGUGUUCACCGGGAAACGAGCGGCGCUGAGAGAGAACCGUCGCAGAAAACGCUCUUCUACUCCAGGUACGGGUUUGCCACAGACAGACAUGACCGCACUGUUUGGUUUGGUGUGGAGGGGUAAUCUGGUAAUGAGGCUGGUUCUGUGGGAGGGGCCGUCUUUGUGA